AUGGAUUUGCAGUCUCCAUCAGUCCUGGCGCAAUUGCCUCGCCCCCUUCAUGCUUCUACUGGCAAAACACGUAUCGGCGAUGUCUUCAGUCUCGCCGAUGCGAAAAAGCGUAAGCGAUAUGAAGUUGCAGUUGCAGUGGACGGAGAAGCCGUGAACAUUUAUAACGUUCAAACACCCAAGCUUGUGACCUCCUACGCCGUCCCGCCGCAAUCUACUUUCUCUUGCCGCCCAUGCUCAGUUCGCAGGAAGCUGUCGAAGAAGUCGAUAGUCCGAAGGCAGACUUACACUGCGGUCACUAAGCCUGAACACCAGAUCAAGUGCUUUGUGGAGGAGAUCGGCAGUAGCGGCUCAAGCGCCCCGGUCAUCUCUUCCUCAUCCACUACCGUUACCGACUCGACCAGCCCUACAACCUUUGUGGGCAUUGUCCCCUCUAGUACCGAUGCCGAAGGAGAAACAGACCCAUUCGAUAUUUUGGCAGUCCACGAGGAUGGUCGUGUGCGUAGGCUGUCGUCUGAUUUGAAGACCCAGCGAUGGAGCAUUCAGCACAGCGAGAUUGCCAAGGUCUGCUCCACUCACAAUGUCCAAUCCAGUUUCUUGGUCGAAUUCGAUGAUGCCAAGAAGGCUCUAUUCAAAAGACGACAGGAUUUGGCUUCUUUGGCACUGGGCGAUCUGACCACCACCGGCGCCAACGAGCCAUCUAUCUUGCUUCUAGUAUCGCAGCCAAAGAACAUGAAGCGCAUUUCCCUGAAAGAUAUCGUUGUUCAAAUGUUUUCCGUUCCGGCGCAUUCGAAGUCGGAGUCACCAUUGGACGAAAGUCAGCGCCUGCGCCAUCUCCAAACGUUCCAUAUUCCUGAUGCUAGCGGCUUGGAAACUACCAACGGCAAUGCUAUGCAAUGGAGCUUCCAUUCUGGCUCAGCUGGUUUGAGCCUUUCUUUUGAGAAGGGAUUCAUCAAUGUUGACCUUUCUCAAUAUUCGCCCUCCGUUACAUCGCAAUUUGUCCUUGAUGAUGAGGAGUUCUCAUCUAUCAUGCGCAUUUCACCACAGUCCGUGAUCGGAGCACAAAAGUCUCUUGUGGCAGUUUAUGAUACCCAGUACCACUCUGUGCAGCGCAGUAUUCCCGCUGGUGAUAUUUUGUCGAGCACCGGAUCUGCUCCAGAAAGUUCCACAAACUUCAUCAGCUACUUCGCCAAACUUGGAAUUGCCGUCGCAACUAAGGGAAACACUCUCAUUGCCUUUGACUUGAGCUCUCUUCCUAGUGCGCCCAGCUCUUCGCUCAAGCGCUCAAGAGAUAGUUUACUUAUUGAUGCCAUCGGUAGAGGUAUUGGUUCUUCUGGAGCACAGUGGGAUAUCGCAUCGAAAAAACACCGCACUGAGAACAUCGCCUCCCUUCGUCUCACUUCACCAGAGCAGGUUGAGAAAUGGACUCAGCUUACGAAGACUAUCGAGAAAGCGACCAAGACAAAGAACAUUGAUUUGUUUGAUAAUGCCGUUUUGACGUACUUCAACACCUCCGAGACUUCAACCAUACUUCCUGUUCGUGGACAGUAUGUCAACCCUGAGGCCACUCUUUUCUUGCUUUCAAAAAUUUUCGCCGUGGAGGAAUCAACCAAGAUUGAUACAGUGUCGGCGUCCGCUUCAUCUCAACUCCGUGUUGCCAUGUGGCCCCCGACUACCUGCGACUGGCUCAUUCGCUUGGGUCAUCUGUCUCUCGACAACGUUGAGAUCGCCCUCCGUCGGGCGUGUAAGCCACGUAUUCUGCAGACAUUCCCUACCGGAUCGUUCAUCCAAGCUCUCCUCGAUUCAGAUCCUUCUUUGAAGCAGGUCAACCAAGUCCUCGAAGGGCCCACUCUUAUUUCCUCAGACGAAUUGGCUUACGCCCUUAAGGCUUUCUUGAACCAGGCGCGUUCCCAUUCCGGCACUCUGGAGGAGACUGCUCGCGCGAUCACAAGUGGUGUUCUCGCUACUCCUACACAAGAGCUUUCAAAACAGCUUGGUGCCGAAACGGCAAGUUUGAAGGAUAUCUUCGCUGGUCUUAACACCUCCCUCCAAAAGAUCCACUCGCAGCCCAUCCCAGUUGUCGUUCAUUCCCUGCGCUCCAAUCUCUCGCGGACAGAACUCAUUUCUAUGGUCCACCACCUCCGCCUUUCUCUCGCUACCGGAGGUUACACUUCUCGCUUCACUGAAAACCCCCCAACACCUAUUACUCUCGAUCAAAUUACCCCCGCCCUUUCUCUCAAUAUCAUCAUUGAUCUCCUCACUGCCUCUGUGGAUGCUGUUGGUCCGUCCGGUUGGAUCUCGGCCAUCCCGGCAGCGGGUGACUUUGAGGACUCCGACUCGGUCACAGCCGCUGCUAGUCGCGAAAUGGAAUUGAUCACGGACAUGAAGUCCGAGAUUGCCGCCGCGCUUGCCGGAGUCGAAGAGGCGACACACCUUAAGGGUGUUUUGUGCGAGUAUCUUCGUUUCGCAGACCAGGUCGAUACCCAGACAACUACUUCUGAGGAUGCCCUGGCCAAGAUGGAUGCCGAGGCCUCGGGUCCAUCUCACCUGGUCCGCUACGAGAAACUCAAUGGUGCUGAUUUGAUGGUCUUCACCCGGCCUGGUGAGGGAGAGGAUGGCUACGAAGGCGAUGCCGGUGGCAAAAUGCUCCCGCUCUCGCUCAAGGCUGCUUCCAAGGACGUUUCCCGCACUAAGAUCAAAAAGUCCACUGGUGAGGUCAAGAACCGCACCAGCCGUGAGAUUGGACACUUGCGCCGUAAGGCCGUUGGCAAAUACUCUUUCGAGAGACUCAUUGUUUAA